ACUAAAUACAACUCACGAGGGUCCAUGCGCUCGUCCCACUAGCUUUACCCAGAAUUCCAUGCGAACAUCAUAAUAAAUAAUCAAGAUGGCGCUAAAGGCGGUGGUCGGUCAAAGGAUUAUGAAUGAGAUCUUUUCUCCUCUGAAAAAGCGAAACGAAUGGAAGGUUUUAAUCGUAGAUCAGCUGAGUAUGCGCAUAUUGUCAUCAUGUUGUCGCAUGAAGGACAUGACCAAUCAGGGCAUCACACUGGUGGAAGACCUUAUGAAGAAACGCGAGCCCCUGCGAACAUUGGAGGCCAUAUACAUCAUGCAGCCAUCUGAGAAGUCAGUCGCCCAGUUAAUCAAUGACUUCAAGGAGCCUCUUGUCCCACAGUACAAGUAUGCCCACGUCUUCUUCACAGAGUGUUGCCCCAACGAGCUGUUCAGCACUCUCAACAAGAGUCCCGCCAAGCCCAAGAUCAUGACACUGAAGGAAAUCAACAUUGCUUUCAUGCCAUACGAAUCCUCGGUGUACUCCUUGGACUCACCGGAGAGUUUCAACAGCUUCUACAACCCAGUGCGCAUGGGUGGUAGCUCCGUGAUGAUUGAGAGAAUUGCUGAACAGAUAGCCACGCUGUGUGCAUCACUGGGGGAAUACCCUGCUAUACGCUAUCGUGGUGAGUUUGAUCGUAAUCUGGAGGUAGCACAGAUGAUUCAGAGUAAACUGGAUGCAUACAAGGCAGAUGAGCCUACCAUGGGGGAGGGACCUGAGAAGCAUCGUUCCCAGCUGAUUGUUCUGGACCGUGGCUUUGACGUGGUGUCACCCUUGCUCCAUGAGUUGACCUUUCAAGCUAUGGCCAAUGACCUCUUGCCCAUUGAGAAUGACGUCUACAGGUAUGAGGCAAGUGGCAGUGAUAUGAACGACCAGGAAGUACUCCUGGACGAGAAUGACGAUCUUUGGACCGGCUUGCGUCACCAGCACAUUGCAGAUGUCUCCCAGGCCAUCACAACUCAGCUGAAAAAUUUUGCCAAGGCCAAGAUCGGUGGCAAGAUGGGCUCUGGAGGUGAAAAGACGAGUGUGCGUGAUUUGUCUCAGAUGUUGAAGAAGAUGCCACAGUAUCAAAAAGACAUGAGAAAGUAUUCCACCCACCUGCGACUGGCAGAGGAUUGCAUGAAGCAAUUCAAGCCUCUAGUGGAGAGCCUGUGCCGCGUGGAACAAGACCUGGCCCUCGGCACCAACCCGGAAGGAGAGAAGGUCAAAGACCAGAUGAGGAACAUUGUGCCAAUCCUGCUGGAGCAGAAGUACUCCUCCUAUGACAAGCUGCGUAUCAUACUGCUCUACGUCAUCGGCAAGAACGGUAUCAGCGAGGAGAACAUGAACAAACUGAUCCAGCAUGCCCAGAUCCCGGAACCCGAGAAGCCCAUCGUCACUAACAUGAAACAUCUUGGGGUCCAAAUCAUCUUUGACCCGAGAGCUCGUAAGACCAAGGGUCCAGACAGGACACAUCGCAUCACUGAACACACCUAUCAGCUAUCACGAUGGACGCCAGUGGUCAAGGACAUCAUGGAGGACACCAUUAGUGAUCGUCUGGACCUGAAGAUCUAUCCGUUUCUCUCGGGUCGUAAUCCGGCGUCAAGCUAUGGAGGAGGGUCUAACCCAAGGAGUGCUCGAUAUGGCCAUUGGCACAAGGACAAGCAAGCGACUAACUACAAGAGCGGCCCGCGUCUGAUCAUCUUCAUCGUCGGUGGCGUGUCUUACUCUGAGAUGAGAUGUGCAUAUGAGGUCAAUAAGAGCCCACAGUUCAACAAGUGGGAGUGCUACAUUGGAUCCACUCACAUUUUGACUCCCGAGGGAUUCUUGACGGAUCUCCGUGACCUCAGCAACAGCUGAAUGCUGGCAACCAAUCACAGACCUAUUGAGCCGGGCAGUAGCCAAUCAGAUCCCAGCAAAUUAUCCAACCAACUCAGCCACAGUUUGCCACCAACUCCGUCAUCAACGUUGUCAUCGUUAUCCGGUAGGAAAAGCAGUAAAUUGACACAACGCGGUAGGUUUGGUCAACAUUUCUCUACAGCAAACAGUAAUGGCAAUGAUUCGGAUAAACACAUGCUAUUGCAGGAGUAAUCAGAACAAAAUGAUUGGACAGUUUACAACACAAGAGGGAGCUAUUUAACAUAAAGUACAAAGUUUUUCAGCCUUUGACUCUCUUGAGCUGUUGACUCACGAUUGGUUGAAAUUAGGUCAAGACUUUUUGGCAUGUGCUUUGCAGUAUAAAAACGGCAAAAUUGUGCUUUAAAAAUAAAGGUCGUUUCUGCAGAUUUUAAACUUUUGGACCUUUAAUAGCUCUCUCUCUGUGCGUAAUAGUUGUCCAGUUUUAAUCACUUUUUGGCUGUCAUGGUAAUCUUCAAGGGAGCGUGGUUCCAGAGUACUUCAACGUUAUUUGUUCCAUAGACUAAAAACAAGCAAUAUGUACCAGAUCAGAAAGAAAUAUUUGAUUUGUGAAAGUGUUACGACAAAACUGAGAAAAAUCACAUCAAUUUUUAUUUAUUUUGUAAUUGUGCAAGAUGUGUCAUCGACAAAAAAAAUUCAGUUUGGCUGGUUGUGGAAUUACAUUUUUUUUUUAGUCCUAUCAGAUAAUUCAGUAAGAGCAGAGUGUACCUCUAUCCAAAAGUUUCAAUUGUAGAAUAGUUUUGAGUAAAGUGUAAAGUGUUACCAUCAAUAUGAAAAAAGUUACAUCUAAAUAUUAUACAAUUGUAUCGACAAAAAGUAAUCCUUUCCUUUUUCCUUCUUCAUAUCCCAAUCCUUCUUAACUUUUUUUCUCUCACAUCUGUUAAUUCCCUUCAAUUUUGGGAAAAUUUCUCAGUAAAUGUGGACGACAGAGUAGUUGCAGUUUUGAAAUCAAAUUUUAUAAUGUUCAGCUGUAAUCAUUGACUUUGGUCGACUAUAACCUGACCAGUAGUUGUAAAACAGUUUUGGGUAACUGGUUUAAGAUAGCACAAGUUCAUAUUAAAAUAGUAAGAGAUAAAACUAUAUAAAUAUUAUACUAGCUAAAUUAUAAACUAGAUUCAAAGAUGUUUUUCAAGUAACAAGCUGCGAAAAUUAUCUAAUACCAUGUAAACGUUCAUAAGUGGUUUAUAUUUGGGAAUGAGGUGUGUUUAAUUUGCAAAUUUGGGUUCACGCAUGUUUCUGCUUGAGAGUGUAAUGGAAAUAAAAUGCUAUGUACAGUCAAUUGCUAGAUGAUUAGACUUGGGCCCAUUUUGAUGGCUCUGCUAACCUCAGUAUUCCGCGCUUAUGAUCACCAUUUUGUGCUAACUGCGCUAGCAGAAAAAUUCUGUGCUAAACCUGUAAGCACGGAAUCCUUAGUGACGGGAUGUACGUAUGCUCAGAUGCCAAAAUUCCUCGCUAACCUGUGAAAUACGCUUACCGUAAGCACGAAAUUUUCUGCUACAGUAAGCAGGGAAUUUUUGCUUAAUGAAACCAGAGCCAUGAAAUUGGGCCCAGAUUGAUCCAUAAAAAAAAGGGUUUGCAGAAACUUCAGAAUAAAAAAAAUAAAAACAUUUAAUUUCUGCACGUUCUGGGAAUUGGUACAUCAUGUUCCGCAGAUAGGCUGUAGUUGGGAUUAUUAAUUCCUUUACCCUAAUACAAUUAAUGAGAUAUUGACAUUAGCGAUUAGAUGUUGACAUCAUGAAGGGCGCCCUCGUGAGGUACCGCAUGUACGUGUAUUUGGCUCAUCUAAACACAGCCAAUGACUUCCCAAUGUGAUAAUAUUCGAGAGACAGCGGCAAGUAAAUAUUUCUUGUAUAUUUUGUAUAAGUUUGCAUGUGGCACACUCCACUUGCAGAUAUUUUAGAGUCGAAGAAGUUACAAGUAAGUUUUAAUGCAAGUUCCUAUUGUUAACGAUAACAGACCAGUGGAGCUUGAAAUAACGCACGGAUCAUUGUACAGUUGACUCUCGUUAAUACAAACUCAGCCGGACCUAGCCAAUAUGUUUGUUAUAUCAGAAUUUUGUAUUAAGCAGAGUGCCCAUCCCAUUCAUUGUGUACAUGAUAUGCACAGUUGGGCCCAAGGCUUUGUUUGCUAUAACCAGAGUUUGUAUUAAUUAAACAGAGUUUGUAUUAAUGAGAGUCGACUGUAUUAAUAGUGCAUGAUGAACUAAAACUUGACUUGCUUGUUUCGCACUUGUGGGGGUGGGGGGGGGUACAGAUUUUUACUCGGCCAGUCUUGGUAGAAUUUGCUGAUAGUGCAGCAGCCACUUCAGCAAUUUAUUUUUACAAAAAAUCACCCAAAAUUAAUACACACUACUGUCUACAUGUAGUUUGUAGUUUUGCUUUUACUUUAUUUACAUUCCUGUGUUUGGCAGUUUUGUGUGCUUAGCUGUGAUAUCAGACUUAAAGUCAAAGUGGACUGUGUAUAAAAGAAACCUGAAUCUCGUUUUUUCCUAACUUCGAACAGGUACAUAUAUCCUCAAGCAGAACAAUUAAUGUAGGCAUGUAAACGCACCUCAUUAUUGGAAGUAGAAGUGCAAUACAGUAAUAUUGAAGUGCUGUACAUUAAAUCAGUUACAUGUAUUAAAACUUUCAUCUUUUACAGAUUUCAGUAAGAAAAUAGAUCAGUGUGUGUGAAGGUAGGUGGCACAUACUCAGUAGUUGUAGUCUGUAGAAUUUGCCUUGUUCUUUUGAAGAGUUUAUUUCCAAAACGCGACAUUUUCAAAAAUUUCGCACGGUUAUGAAACUUUCAGGAAUAAAAACAGUAUAACAGCUGUUUCUAAACUUCAUUUUUUUGUAUUCUUAAAUUGUGUUGAAGUAUAUAACAGCCGUUGAAAUUGCUUGUGGGCAGCCAGGAGAGAGAAGAAUUCUAAAAGGGAACAAAAUGGCGUACAUGUAUAUCAGGUUUUGGAAUAAACUCUUCAUUUUGAAACACAAACUGCUUAAACAGUGACGGAAGGAAGAUGCUUAGAUUUCAGAGUUCUGACAUGUUUCAGAAUGUAUAUAUGAGAGAGAUUAAGAACUUUCCAAUUUUGACAUUCCAUUUUUUACGUUACAUAUUGUAGUAGUGAAGUUAAAUUGAAUGUGCAUAGACAUAGAUAUGCAGUAAUUUUUGCCCAAGUUCGAUUCUUGAAUCAUCAGAAAAGGAGAAAAUAUUUGUGAAAUAUUGGAUCUUAUCAUAGUAUAAACUGUAUUGCAGGAUGUGGUUGUCAUUCUAUUUCACAGAUUUUUCAUCUGAAAAUCAAGUUAAAAGUUUAGUCAAAUUUAUGGGUUUUUUUUUUUUUUUUUUUACAUUUUAAAAUGUAUUGAGACACAGUACCCUUUUUUUGCCAAAAUAGAGAAAUGAGUUUUCAUCUAAUUUUUUUAAGCUUACUUGAUACUAAACAAAUUUGCACCAUACACCAUUUGAUUUUGCACAGAUACUGGGGCCAAAGUUUGUCAUCCAGAUUUGGUAUAUUAUUUAUUUAUAAAUGAAGUUUUUGCUUGUAGUUUUAUAUUCUUUUCGUGUCCAAGUGAAUACAGGAGGUGAUUAAGUUGGAACGUGGGUAAAGCAUUUUAUACUGCCAACUUAAUUGCUCACAGUUAAUGCAUUUCUGUGUAAAAGAUUUGUGUAAUUACAAACAAAUAACAUUAAUUGAUGCACAAAACAUAACCAGAAAUAUACGCCGUGAUCUGCGAAUGGUUAAGAUUGAAAUUUUAAGAAUUGUGGAAAUUGUUGAAACUUCCCCUUGUUUACACUUUAUUCGUCAUGAUUAUUAAAUUCUGUUUCUUUACAAACCCCAAAUAAACUAAGUUGUGCAAAAUUCCCAAAACUUUCAAUUUUUGACAAAUAGUGCUAGUUUUCCACAGGCAAUACAUACAUACUUGCUGCAGAAUUAUAGGUUUUUACAGCAGUAUUCACUGGCAUAUUACAGCUUCGUCUCCAUAUAUUGUGUACAAAUUCUUAACGUUAUCAAACAUUGUAAUUAUGCAGUCUUUGUAUAUUAUAUAGGCUACAACGAUACUCCUUUAUCAUGUGUAUAACGAGAAAGUAGAUUUGUGGAAAAUUUGUUGCUGAAAUUUGUUAUUGUUUUCUUCUGUCAGAAUUGUAAACCAAUAAGAAUUGUAUAAUCAAAUAUAAAGUGCAUGUGAAAAUAUUAACUAUCUACUGACAGCUUA